GCACGGAAUGCUCAGUGCUUGCGUUGUUUCCGUUAAUCAAUACAAUUUCUCAAAAUUACCAUUCAAUUAGAAGUACAUCAUUUUCUAUAAUCGAGUAUAAAUGAAUUAGUUAUAAUUAAUGAGCUUGCCUGAAGAUCCAAACAUGUUCAAGGAUUAUAUUUAGAAUGCUAACCUUCAAUCAUGAUGGCUGAAACAAAUGCCGGUGAUGAAAGUGAAACGGCCUUGGGAGGCUGCUCGGGGCUCCCCAAACAGGAUGAAGAAUACUGUUCUCUGAGCACACAUCCAGAGUUGCUGGAUAGUGAAGUGAACAACACUGACAAGAGCAUAGAAGAAGAAGAUCUUCAUUGUCCAAAAUGUGACUUCAAAACAAGAAUUUCUGACCACCUGAAACUUCAUAUUUUAUCUCACUUGAUGGUUGCUAAAAAUCUUGCAUGCCUUAUGAUGAAUCUGCAAUCAAAUCUUAUGAGAAGUGAGGAGGAUUCAAUCGCGUCUAAAGCCAUGAAUCACAUCAAAACAGAUGAUGCUGAUAAUCAUGGUUCCAGCACUCCCUAUUCUUGUUUAUCUAUUCCAUCAUCCUCUAUUAUUUCUUCACAGCCAUGUGAACCAGAUUUUAAAUCACCUCAAUUGAUAUCAAAAUUGCCACAAAUGCCAUCAGAAUUGCCUCAAAUGUCAUCACAAUUGCCUCCAAUGCCCUCACAAUCACUUCAAAUGCCAUCACAAUUGCCUCAAAUGCCAUCACAAUCACCUCAAAUGCCAUCACAAUCACCUCAAAUGCUGUUGCAAUCAUCUUCAACCUUUUCUGAAUCUAACGGUGAGCCAUCACCAUCUUCCGCGCCCAUUUUUACGUGUCCACAAUGCUUGCAUUCAUGCACAAAUGUAAUAGAAUUUAAAUUGCACACUCUAUUGCAUUGCGCCAUGAAUAAUCAGGCAACCACUGCAAGACAAAAUUCCUCUGCUGAUCAACAUAACAAAGAACAAGAAAUGACAUGGCCAAAUAUUUCAAAUCACAAUCUGUGUUGUCCUAUAUGUCGUUGCUAUUCGUUGGACGAGAACAGUUUCAAUGUCCACUUGAAGACCCAUAUUCAUCACGGCCGGUUCUGGUGUGAUAAAUGCUUAUUCUCCUCGUCCAGAAUUGAAGAAAUGAAAAUUCAUCUUUCUUCUCAUUGCACACGAAGUCACAAACGCAUUUCAUGCCCUCAUUGCGACUUUACAACAGCAAACAAAAGUUAUUUUAAGGUACAUCUAUCUACUCAUACAGGAGAAGGAAAAAUGUACUGCAAUUAUUGCAACUAUAGCACCGUAUACAAGAGCAACUUCAAGCAACAUGUGGCCGCUCAUGAAAAGAAAAGUGAGCUGCAAUGUCCUAUGUGCGAUUUUAAAUGUGUUGGAAAAUCUGAGUAUGGGCUGCAUUUUGCCAGUCAUACUGGUGAGAAGAGACUGUCGUGUCCAUUCUGUAAGUUCAACACCUCAAAUAAGACUUAUUUCAAGCAGCAUGUUGGUUCUCACACUGGUGCUGGUAAAAUGCACUGUCCCUUUUGCAAGUUCUCUACAGUUAAUAAAAGUUACUACCGAAUCCAUCUAUCAAAGCAUACUGGAGAAGGAACUCUGCGUUGUUCUUUAUGCUCCUUCACUACUGUCUACAAAAAUAAUUUUCGGCGGCAUUUAGCCAAGCACCAGACGGAAGCUGAGGAAUCUUCAAUUUCAAUGAACAUUUUGCCACCUAGACGAGGAAGACCCAGUAAAAGCUGGAAGGAAAUGCAAGCUCUUAUGAAUGGCAGUAGCUUAAUUGGACUUGGAUGCAUUAAAGAUCCUAUGAACCUAUUCCGUCCUCAAAGUAAUGCCACUGUCGGCGGCCCCAGCACUGAACCUGUCAAGUUGGAGCUCAUGGAAAAUAAUGUUAUUUUUAAUGGCACAACUGACCCCAAUGCCUUAAGUCACUUUUUCUUCAAUGCAUGCAACGCACCUGAUGCAAGUGUUAACCAGGCCGUUGGUGGUUGUGGUGCUGAGAACUCUCUGCAAUCUUCAUGUUAUGACGUCUCAUUCAAGCAAGAAACACUGAAUGAUCUGCCUGUGGACGAAUAACUACAAAACAAUAUGCAUGUUCACGUCUACCUCAUCAUCAUAAAAUAAUUGUAUUUUCCUCUGUAGGCUGCAGCUAUUUGUCCUAUCCUUACCGAUCUUGUAUUCUGUUUAACAAUUGUCAUUAUUUUUUAUGUAACCUGCUUGAGGGGCUUCUGAAUACUUUUGUGUUGCAGUGGUUUUGAAUGGUAUUGUAUUAUCAAGAUCGUCACUUCCUUGUCCAUACAUCAUGCAAGCAGCCCACACCGUGCACGCAUAUCUACAGCAUUAUAUAAUAUCUUGUUUUUUUUUUCAAAGUUUAGGCAAUUUGAUAGCAAAUCGCUGAUGAACGUUUGAGUCAAAUAAUAAAUAAUGUCUACUAGAUUUUUUUUGAACGAGUACUUUUCACGCAUCUAAUAUAAUGCAAGCUGUUAAGGGUCAUUAGAAAAAAAAGGUUUUUAAUAAGUUUUAUUAUCAAGUAUUUUGUCAAGUUAUGUUAUGUACUUGAGCUUGACAUUUCGAGGUGAUGCUCAAAAAAACGUGGAUAUGAUUUCACGGAAUUUGAAAUAUUUUUUGACGUGUUUUAUGUAUGAGUCACUUUGAAGCUCAUGUAAAAAAAACUUAACCUAAGUUACUAUAGUUUGCGACAGGCCGUUCAAUUUACUUUUUAAAGUGAUUUUGAGAUUGCAAGUUA